UGAUUGGUUUGAGGAGCGGCGCCGCGCUGCGUGUUUCCGGAAGACGUGGCCUCCGCUUUCACCCGGAGACCGAGAGAGCGCGGAGAGGAGAGGAGAGGAAGGCACGCCCACUCGUCGCCGCCCGGACAACCGCAAACAUGAUCUCCCUCACCGACACCCAGAAGAUCGGAAUGGGCCUGACUGGCUUUGGCGUUUUCUUUCUGUUCUUCGGCAUGCUGCUGUUUUUUGACAAGGCUCUGCUUGCCAUUGGAAACGUCCUAUUUGUGGCUGGAUUGGCCUUUGUCAUCGGACUGGAGAGAACAUUCCGCUUCUUCUUCCAGAAACACAAAGUUAAAGCCACAGCGUUCUUUCUCGGUGGAGUGUUUGUGGUCCUCGUCGGCUGGCCACUCAUUGGGAUGGUUCUAGAAAUCUACGGUUUCUUCCUGCUGUUCAGGGGAUUUUUCCCGGUGGUUGUCGGUUUCAUUCGAAGAGUCCCUGUAUUAGGAUCUAUCCUGAAUUUACCUGGAAUAAGCUCGCCCACAUAGGCUGGGAAGAAUCCACAGUAAUGCUUGUAGACAAAGCCGGGGAGAGUAACAAUAUGGUAUAAGAUCGAUUGUCGGUUGGUUAUUGGGCACUGCGCAACAUCUAUUGCAAGCAAACUGAGGAGGUCACAUCUGGGAGCUGUCAAUCACACUAAAUCCGCCUGUUACGCUCGCUCAAAGGACUGCCUCUGCCUCGAAAGUUUUGGGGUCCACAAAUGUUGCUGACAUUCAAGGACAGAGUUGUUGUUUUUUUUAUUCAAGAUGUCACUGUUUUGUUUGGCAGUGGUCCUCCGCCUGCAGAAUCCGGUUCAUCUGUGGAACCCGUUUCUUGGCAACAAAGGAAAACUGGACUUUUUAUUUAUAAUGAUGCGGAAUAAAAAGCCACACUCCUUGUGACUGGGACUGCCCAUGCAUGAAAGCUGCGCUAGAUGGAGACAUUUUUAAGAACCAGGAAAAAAAAGGAUUUAUAAAAAUAAGGUUAAUACUGUGUGAAUAAACCAUUUUUGUAAAUACAUCCCCAAA